CUUUGCUCUGUGCACAGGUUUGCAGUGCAGGCCAUGAAGGCUCUGCUCUGUCGACUGCGCUGUGACAACGAGGUGGUGGCUAUGGAGCGCAAGCGUGGCUGGGACACGCUGCUGUGUGCUGACACCCAGCACUAUGCAGUGGGUCUGCUGGCCAGAGAGAUGCGCCAGGUCUUGAUCCCCUUCUGCUCCCGCAUUGCAUUCCACCUGCUCAAACCACUCAGCAGGGAGGAGCCAUGCUGGGAUCUGCCCUUCCUGGCUUUCCUUGUGGAGCUCCUCGAGUGCCUGGACUUAAGUAAAUAUGGUGACAGCAUCCUGGAGAUCAUGUCCAGGUACCUGCUGAGCGAGUGCAGGCAGAGAUGUCGCCUGGCACUCAGAGGCCUCGUGGUGCUCAGCAAGGAUCCCGCCAUGGCCAGAAGAAUGGGCAGCCUGUCUCAACGGCUUGUGGAGCUGCUGGGUGAUGCAGAUGGAGAGGUGGUCAGGAUGUCCCUCUCUGUGUUCAUGAAUGUGCUGGAGAACAAAGACAUCCUGGUAUCCAGCACCACUGCCCCGAAACUGGCUGAGGCGCUCUUGCCACUCUUUGAAAAUGACAACAGCAAUGUGCAGAUGCUCUCCAUUCACCUCUUCUGCAAGGUGAUGGAGUUGGUAGUGGACGAGGGAAAAAAGCCCCUUAAGACAAUUGUGUGCCAGAGCCUACUCCCACUUUUAUUCCACUGCCAUGAUGAGAACCGGAACGUGGCAGAGGCUUCUCGGGAAACGCUGAUUUGUGCGGCCAAGUUCCUGAAGAGGAGAAAUCUUGGGCAGCUGGUGAAGAAGGAGCAGCUGUCGAAGUUUGCCGAGUGCCUGCUGGCAGAGGACAGGAGCCGAGCGGCCGAGCGCCUGCACCAGGCGCUGCCGUUCGCGGAGAGCCCGCAGGAGUCCCUGCGAGAGGCGGCCGUCAGGUUCAUCGGGACUGCCAGGGUGUUCUUGAGGGGGCACAAGGAAGAGCUCCAGCUCCUCGGUGAGGCCCUUCAAGCCCUGAGGAGAGACGACAGCCCUUCCCAGACAAACAUCAUAGUUCAGGAAAUACUCAACGAAAGAGCUGCAGAACUACGUUCAUCUGCUGGCCCAGAACCAGUGUCCCUUUAAGACCUCCAGAUAUCCUGGAAGAUGAGACCAUCUGGAGACUAGAGUAGAGCAGCUGGAGCUCCAGGCACAGCUGAUGCUGGUCACAGCUGAGCCUGUGGAAAGCUCCCAUAGCUCCUGCCCUCUCCCUCCCUUUUGACAGCUCCAUCCCUCCAGCCCUCAGACCCUGCCCAUCCCCUUUUUUCCUCCCAGCUCAUCCCUUCGCUUCGCUUCCUAUUAAUAAACAGUUUGGUUUCUUCACUUGAGCUGCAUCUCUGUGGUGCUGAAGCGGCCCAAAACCUGAGCCCUGGGACACACAGGCCCCUCCUGCCGCUCUCUUCCGUGCUUUU